AUGUCGAAUCUUAAAUCAACAAAACCAAACGAGAAUGAUGGUUUCGGUCUCACAACUCAGCAAGACAGAAUCUUAGCCUUGACGACCCUCAUCUCCACAAUAUCCAUCGCGACGCUGGAUUUCAAAGCCGGCGGACAAAUGCUAGGCAGCAGCAAGUCUGCACUCGCAGAUGCCCUGCCUCCUCGCGUAGACGUCUCACUGCCCAAGACAUCAGUUCUGGUUGAAAGCAUCUCGCGUUCCUAUAUCAGAGGAGCUACGGCAUGUGCAUUCUUCUACCUCGCAUACAAGGACUUCCGAACUACACAACUUCGCCAGGAGAGGUCGGAAGAUGAAGAUGCCUCGUCUUGGAGAUGGAAAGCAUGGGCUUCUUGCGGUGCAGCAGGUGUACUGGCGCAGAGUCUUGGUCCGUUGCCUGGUGGUGUGUGGGAAAAGCUUCAUAAGCCUGAUAGCAGUGUCAAGGGGCAAGCUCAGAGGUUGGGGAUGUUGACUAUGGCGAAAGGAGGGAUUUUGAUGGCUACAGUGCCGUUCUGUCUAAGUGCUUGGAGGUCUUUUGAGGUGAGCACUGAAUACAGUGGUCAGAUUGUGAGGCUGAUUCCGCUCCAAGAAAUUUAA